UCAUCGCUUCCUUUCUAGAUAAAAUAUGUCAGGUUAAGAGGACAUAGCUGUGACUAUGAUGAUGCCACACUUUAACAAAAGUUAGAAGAUUAAAGAUACCAUAGCCAGAAAUAUGUAGAUGAAGCCUGACAUGUUGAAUCUCUCACUUAAAGCAAAAAUGCUCAGACCUUCAUGCAGUAAAGUUGCAUUAGUUCAUUUUCUUACACACAUAACUGGACAUCAGAACAAAUUUAAUAAAUACACAACACUAACCCAGCAAAAAAAAUAAAUAAAUAAAAUCUUUGUUUUCAGAUGCUAUAAAUCGGCCUGAGAAUUACAUUUCUGCCCUCUAAUGUCCAAUAUUCACAGACUUGUCCUGAUUGACUUGGCUGGUUUUAAUAAAUGGCUGAAUAAGUAUAGCAGUGUUCUUGUGAACUGCAAAGGAACAGCAAAGCCACAAGUCACACCUUUCUGCUAAAUGGGUAGAAUGCAAGAUAAGUCAGGAAGGGAGGGUCUUCAGUGAAGUGAGUAGUCCCUUUAAAAAACAACAUUCGCCAAGUCCUGACAAAAAUAUCUAGAUGGUUUCUUUCCCUUGCCAGUUGUUUCUGGAACCAGCAGUAGCCCUUUAAAGGGAGGAAUCUCUAACUCUAAAUAACAGACCCUUAUCCUAGCAGACAUUUUGGUGUUAUGAAGGAAAAUCCUGAGUGAAAGUAAUUUCAUUAACAGGCCACUUUGGAGGAACAACCUUUUUCAGGGGAUGGGGAGGACGUCACUGAUUGGUAAAACUUAGAGAGGGCAAUGCUGAUUGGUUAAAUUACUUUUUUUUCUCCAGUCAUUUCUUCUCUAAAGUCGCCAUCACAAAUGUAAACUUCACCGGAUUGGUAUGACAUAGCAAACCCUACAUUAUUCUAUUUUCAAUGUUAAUUCUAUUCAAUUCAGUUUUAUUUAGAUAGCGCAGAUUCAUAACAUAUGUCAUCUCACAGUGCUUAGCGUUGUAAGGUACAGACCUUACAAAGUUACAUCCGGUAACUCCUAUAUGUCAUUGUUUUGAUGCACUUAGAUUUGAUGUCACAGUAAAAGGGACAAUUACAGGUCACUUUAUGUAAAUGUGCACCACCACCUCAUGCCUGCCCCGAGUUCCUGCAGCUGAAAAUACAUUUCCACCAAUCUACUCUGCAUCACCCUCACUAUACUUGAUAUGCUCAUCUACACACUGUUUACAUCUUACUACCAGCGAUAUAUAUAGUAUAUUUAGCUACUUCUUCUGUCCCUCUCUACAUAUGAGUGAUAUGAGCUGGGUUCUGCUCAAGGUUUCUUCCUGUUUAAAGGGAGCUUUUUCUUGCCACUGCUGCCUUAGGGUUCAUUCAUAUGGGUUCUGUAAAGUGUCUUGAGAGAAUCUGAUUUGAAAUUGAUGCUAUUUAAAUAAAAUUGAAGUUGAAAGCCACCUAAAGGAGCACUGUUUUUCUCAUGAGAGAGUUACUCAACACUGAAUGUUUAUUACAGACUGGCAGUCAAGUGUUUACUGCAGCAGAAAGGCGACUGUGCUCAUUGUUAUGUUAAUGUCCUCUAAAAACUCUUGUUUCUGUUUUCUUUGUUUUAUUGACUGUACCUUUUAAUUUUUUAUCAGAAUUGAUAAUUCUGAUAUAAAAUAAUUCCAAUUUUUAUUUAAUUGUAUUUUUAUCUGUGGUUUGGUGACACAACUGUCAUUGUGAAAUUGGUAGCCAUAGAGACCAGUCAGUGAUGUGUUCAUAUGCACACACCCACAUGAUAAAGGCAGCUGAUGGGUAGUACAGUACAGGUCAUUUUGUACAUUUUGUUGGACAACGCAGUGCCAUCUCUUCUAGUUAGUUUAACAGAGCUGCAGUGAGAAGAAUGGAAACAGAGCAAUAUGUCAAUGUAUCUGCUGAUUCCGGGAGAAAUCCUUCAGAGGGGAGAGAAAACACCCAAUCAGAAACAGGAAGGUCAAAAGUCUACAAGUUGGUUGGAGUCAGCUUCGGCCUGCUGUGCAUCAUACAAUCAGCUCUCAAUGUUGCUCUUCGCCUGGAAACCACUGCGUUAAGCAACAAUUCCGAUGACAUUUUCUCUAGCAAUGUCACCCUGAUCUCAUCGGCUGACAUCAGCACCCUGCCUCUGGAGAAUGACCGACUGGUAAACAACAUCUCAGUUGCCAGAAACCCUGACCUGAUCAGCGUUAAUGAGAUGUUAAAUGUCCAGCUUCAGCAGCUUCGAAAUGAAAACUCAAGGCUGAUGGAGAGGCUUUUGAAAUUGGAACAGAGAUGCCCAGUAUGUGACCGUGGAUGGACGGCAUACAUGUCCAGCUGUUACCAGCUUUCCACUGAAAAAAAGAACUGGAAUAACGCCAAUGAUAACUGCAUUUCAAAAGGAGCUCAUCUGCUGAUUAUAAAUGAUGAAAUGGAAAAGGAUAUCCUUCAUUAUUUUGGAGUUGUGAAUGUGUGGAUCGGUUUGAGACGUCAACAAAACGUUUGGACAUGGGUGGACAAAAGCUUGCUUGAUAAUCCGCAGAGGAUUUAUCCGCCAGGUAAUGAAAGGAGAAACUGUGUCAUUACUGUCCUGUAUCAAAGCAACUAUGUUGACUUGUCCAGUGCUGGAUGCAGAGAACCACAUUACUGGGUGUGUGAGAAGGAGCAGAAUUGAUACACCAGCAUCAAUCAACUUCAAUAUCUCUCAGAAAUGAUUUAUCAUUAAGUUACACAUCAAAUAUGUGAAACUAUUGUGUAUGUACAUAAAAUUUAAUUCAUUGCUGUUUUUAACAUGUACUUUAUUCAAACUUUUCUUUUGUUGGAUACAAUCUAAUAGGUUCUUUUUUAUUACUGUAUAUUAAACAGAAAAUAAAACAUGUUGGAUUGUG